AGCGACUUACGUUUCCUACGUGACAGGCCCUGGGGGCGGAGCCACACUCAACAUCAACAAAAGGAAAAGAGAAGCAGCGAAAACAGACGAAAGAUUCUCGGAUACACAAACACAAUAUGUCCUUUUAACAUACUUGGUGUUUUGACAACUUGAAACACACAAAGUGAAAAUAUGGAGGCCAUCAAACUGAUGAAGGAGCUGAAGAGCAAUUUGGAUCAGGAGGUUCAUUAUCUGCCAAAGGAAACUGGUCUCAGUUUGAUCGAAUCCACACAAGAGAAUGGUACUGGAGUUACAGCCAAAUGUCGAGAUGCUCGAGUGGAAGAUCUCUGGAGCUUGACCAGUUUCUUCGGUUACAGCACUCAGACCUUUGUACUAGCCAUUAACCUGCUGGACAGGUUUAUAGCUAUGAUGAAGGUUCAGCCCAGAUAUUUGGCAUGCAUCAGCAUCGGUUGCCUUCACAUCGCCGCCCGAGUGACCGAAGAAGAGUGCAAGGUUUCAUCAAGCCAUGAACUCAUUCGCAUCAGCCAGUGCAAGUUCACCGUUUCAGACCUCAAUCGAAUGGAGAAGAUAAUUUCGGAGAAACUCAACUUCCAAUUGAAAGCCGUCACAGCCUUAACAUUCCUGCAUUUGUACCAUGCCAUUGCACUUUCACACACGUCCAAUAGAAAAGACGUUCUGAAUCUUGACAAGCUGGAAGCCCAGCUGAAAGCCUGCCUAUGCAGAAUUGUUUUCUCCAAAGCAAAACCUUCUGUGCUUGCUUUGUCACUGUUGAUGCUUGAGAUUGAGGCCUUACAGUCUGUGGACCUGCUAGAAAUUGCCCAGCGCAUACAAACACACCUGAAGAUCUCGAAGGCUGACCUGGCGCACUGGCGAGGUCUGGUAGAACAGUGCAUGAGGGAAUACUCCUCUCCAGAAUGUGCCAAACCUGACCACAAGAAACUGGUGUGGAUCGUCUCACGGAGGACAGCACAGAACCUGCACAGCAUCUACCGCAGCGUCCCCGAGCUGCCCACCAUCCCAGAGGAUGCGUGGGACGAGAGCGAGAGUGAGGAUUCAAGUGAAGACCUGAGCUCUGGGGAAGAGAGUCUGAGCAGCUCACUGGGCAGCGAUGCCGAGGGACACUACUUCCCCUCCAACUUCCGCUCCCGUGCCCGCAGACAGUAAUACGCUCUAACCCACUCGUCAAGGAGCACAACCGCCAACGGAGAUGUGUCCUCCACCAGCCAAUGAUAUGAGCGGCUUCCUUGUCAUCUUCCAAGAUGAUGCAGAUCACAGACCUCUUCUGGCUGGAAACCUAAUAGUUAUACAGCAAGGUGCCAUUGUGCCUGGGUUCAAUGAAACCACCGAGUCCAAAAUAUCAGAAUUGUAUUUUAAAACUCUUCUUUUAUGGCUUUACAGAAAGCCUGUCCAGAUACUGUAAACAUUUCUCAUGAUUACUUGUGUUAAGCUCAAAGUAAAAUAAUUCAGCCUGCACAACACUGGCAGCUAAAAACUAAAAAAAAAAGUAGCAUAGCGUUUGUAGAAGUUGGUGCAUGUUUGGAUUUGUCAACAUUCCAGGUGGCUCAAUAUGACAUAUCCAAGGUACACUAGACUCUAAUAGACAACUUGAGACUUGUACUUUGGUGCUUUGCACAGUUUUGUAAUAUGAUUGUAAGUGCGUGACAACUGAGAAAGCUGCGUGUCAGCAGGUCAUAUAGUUAGAGAUUUAAUGUGGUGCACAUUGUUGGAUUGUUUAUUUUUCGUGUGUGUAUGUGAGUGUGAUGAUG